CGAGACGAGAAACUCUUUCCCGCACUUGUAUCGUAAUGUACUAUACCUAAGAAUAUGAUUUUUGAUAAAAGAACGCCUUUGCAUAUCAGGUAUCACUGUGACUCGUAAGAUAAUAAUAAUGUGACAGCUGGCGACAGUCAGUUGCUUACUACCGAGUAAAAGACAACACAGUAUUAUACGCUGCGUGCGGCCAUUAAUAGAUGAUUUUAGUCGAUAAACAUUACUGUGCUACGUUAAUUUUUUCAAUAUUUUUCACCAUUAUGAGUAUCAACAAUCACAUGUUACAAUACAGAAAUCUCUUUGAAGCAAUUAUCAACGACGACACAGCAUAUUUCUGCUUCCUUCUCGAAUCCAUCACGUGGCCUCGUACAACGGACUACCUAGAUUUCGAGUUAUUCACCACAGCUUUAGAAUUCGGCCGAAAGUACAUCGCCAAUCACUUACUAGAUAAAAAAUGUCGUAUAGCUCAACCUGAUAGUGACAUUCAUGCAAUUCAUUUAGCAUUGGCAAAUUAUACUGACUUUUCCGACAUUAUUAAGAGGUUAUUAGCACUCGGAGGAAGCGUCAGUGCUAAGAAUAGCAGCGGUAACAAUGCCAUUCACCUUGCAUUUAUUAAUGAAGCAUCAGGACGAACGGUUGAUAUGUUGUUGUUAAAGUAUAUUGACGAAACUAAUGAGAAUGCUAAGAAUGCUGAUGGAUUGAGUAUUUUGCAUAUUGUUUGUACGAGGCCGAAUCUUGUUAUUAUGAAGAAGUUUUUUGAGAACAGAAAUCUUGAGGAAUUAAAUUGUCAAGUUGAUUUACAAUGCGACAGCAAUUUUGCCGGUCAAACUCCACUACAUUUUGCAGUAUCGUACGGUCACAAAGAGAUAAUAAAAUACCUCGUGACAAAUUUAAAAGUUGAUGCUUUCAUCCAGGAUGCCAAUAAAUCGACUCCAUUGCAUCUUGCCCUCAAGAGUCGGAAUAAUUACGUGAUUGAUCUAAUUAUGGCUUAUAAUUUUCCGCAAGUUGUAAAUAAGGAUAUUGUGAAUAAUUCGGGAGUUUCUCAUUUCAUGGUGGCAUGUGCUGCUAGCAAUCAAGAUUUUGCAAUAAAAUUUAUGCAAAUAGAAAGUGGUCGUUCGAGAAAAUCACUUGAUACUCUUAUCAAUCGCCAAGUGAAUAUUCCUAAGGACAAUUAUGAUCAGGCUUAUGCAGGUUACUUUCCAAUACAUUUUGCUGCUGAAUUUGGACGUGCGAAUACAGUCCAACAACUAGUACAUUUCGGUGCAUCAUUCUUUGUUGAAACAGCAACUAAUUUGUCUCCACUCGUUCUUGCUUUAAAAUACGGUAAUCAUGAUAUUGUUCGAUUAAUUUUUUGGUGUUAUAAACAAUAUCGCCUGUCGAUUUUUACUGACGAAGAUUAUAACUUAAAUAAAGCUUAUAAUUAUUCUAUUGGUUCACAGGACAGUGAUCAUUGGUAUCAAUGUAGAUCGCGUUGUAGCUCUCCGAAUGCUUAAAUUUUAUUAGCACCUUCAUUUGUUUAUUUUUACCGAAUGGCGUACAUUUUAUUUAUACUUAAUUUUAUUUAAGGUGCGCUAUGAAAAAAGCGGUCAACUCAAAAUUAGUUCAAUUAAAUCGCAUUUUGUAAGUUAUAGAUGGAUUAAAGAGACAAAAUAUAGAAAUAUUUCUUUUCCUAUGAAGUUUCUAAGUCUUUUCUAAAAAUUAAUAAGUUCUUUUGUUUGUUUAUAAAAAAUUAGAGUCUCGAAAGUUAUGCAAUGUGUAAUGUAAAUCAUCAAAACUCUUAUGAAUUUUUGAAAUUCCAUUUUAUAAUACUAUAUUAUAUAUCACUGUCCCAAUAAUGCGUAUAUCUAAUUGGAAAUCUUAAUAUUGAUUGGAAAAAAUUAUAGAUGUGAUUUAGUGGAAUGGCGUUCGUUUUAAUCCAUCUAUAAGUUUUCAAAUGCGAGUGAGUUGAACUGACGAAACACUUUUCUUCGUUGCGCGGAGCCCGCUUCUGCGACAAUCGCUGUAAGUAAGAAUGUCUUCAACUAUUCGAUAACUCGGCAUAUUUUUUACGAUAUUCAUAUUAUAUAUUUAAAUAAACUGAUUUAUUGAGGUUUAUCAAUUAACAACAAAUUGUCCUUAGAUACUGUGAUGACAAAAUUAACUUUGUAUGUAAUUAUUUAUAGAUUAGCAUUAUAAACUUAGAAAUAUCAUACGCAAAAUGACAUGCAGUCGCUGAAGGUUGAUUAAAUAUCCAUAGAAAGUAUGUACAAUGGAGCUAUUGAUUUUAUAAUAAAACCUGUAUUAU